AUGACCGGUGUUGGACGGGAGCGACGGCGCAGACGGCCAGCAGUCAACUGCAUCAGAUCCAAGAAUGAAUCAUGCAUCUACGACGGCGAUGCGUCGCCGCUGCGAUUCCGGGGCUCGCACGAACUGGAUCUUGCCAAGGCGUCGCCAGAACGCCAUUCAAUGGGGCCUCCUGAUGGUGCUGCGUCGCAGGUUCCAAGCUAUGCGUCUAGAUCUAUGGCUUCUAGCUCGAAGGGCUCGUUAUCCCGGACAAGCCUUACAUCUGCCUCUGAGGUGGAGUCUAUGAAGAGCACGAUUAGACGUCUGGAAGAGCAGCUGGUCAAAGUUACGCAGACAGCGAGUCCGCAGCCUCGUGUGGCUCCUAAUUCUACUAAUAUUGAAACGACGACUUCGCAGCUGGCAGGGACCUUUCAUAUUAACCACGGCAGCGGUGUUGAUGCGAAUUCACAGGCCGUCAGCCGAAAUCUGGUCAUUCAUAAGAGUCGGCUAUUUGGUGCCAGCCACUGGGCGCAGGGUGCCUCGAUGUUCCGUGAUGUAUUCGAGAUGAUUGAGCCGCAUAUACGCGCCAAGGGCCCCAAGACAGUUUCCGGGAUGAAGAGAUGCAAGGAUUUGGCGAGAAUUAUUAAAGCCCAGCGGACACCCCGUUGGCCAACGCCGCCGACAACAGAACUCCCACCCAAAGGCAUUGCAGACGAGCUGGUUGACUGUUAUCUGCGGACAGUGGAAACCACCUUCCGAGUGCUGCAUAUACCCACCUUCAAAACGGAGUACGAUGCGCUUUGGGUGUCGGAUGCCGGGCCCAGCAUCGCCUUCACAGUGCAGCUCAAGCUUAUUCUUGCCAUUGGGGCCAUCACGUAUGACGAGCGCUUUUCUCUCCGGGCGUCGGCUAACCGCUGGGUCUACGAAGCUCACACUUGGCUGUCAGACCCGGAUUUCAAACCGCGACUGAACAUCCAGUGCUUGCAGAGCAGAAUCCUGCUAUUGAUCGCGCGAGAGACGAUCAACGUGGGCGGCGACUCCAGUUGGAUUUCCGCGGGCGCUUUGCUCCGCACAGCGAUGCAUAUGGGAUUAAACAGAGAUCCAUCUUACCUGCCCAAUCGGACCACCGUCGCCGCUGAAAUGCGAAGACGAUUAUGGAACACAAUCCUAGAGCUGUGCCUGCAGUCCAGCAUCAUGUCGGGCGGAGCGCCUUUACUGUCUGCUGACGACUACGACUGCGAACCCCCGGCAAACUUUGACGACGAACAACUCCUGACCGACGACCCCGUACCCAAGGCUGACGACGAAUACACACAGACGUCAAUUGCCAGAGAGCUCCGCAAGACCUAUCCGCAGCGUCUCGCAAUCGCAAGGUUCCUGAACAAUCUAGAGUCCUAUGCGACCUACGAGCACACCCUCCAAUUGGACACGGAACUCCGAGCUUCAUACCGCGCCAUCUGUAGAACACUGCGCGGGUUCAGGUCCAGACAUGGCCGGGCGCCCUCGCAGUUUGAAACGCGGGUGCUGGAUUUCAUCAUCCACUACUAUUUCUGCUGCCUCCAUAUGCCGUUCUUCGAACAAUCUCUACGCGACCCGACGUACGCGUUUUCCAGAAAAGUCGUCAUCGAGAGUGCGAUGAAAGUCUGGUGCGCCAUAUACCCGUCAUCCAAUAUCAUGGCAGCUACGCCUCGGGAUGAACGGGUCUCAGACAGGGAGGAUAUGACGCGUUUCGUUACAUGCGGAUUCGGCUUCUAUCGCACAGGGAGCAUGCUUGCGGCCAUGUUUGUGUCACUGGAGCUCAAAGCACAGCUGCAAGACGAAGAUAGUCUUGGGCCUAGUCCAUACCGCAUGGAUCUAUUCGCUCUCCUGACUGAUGCCAAGGUGCGGUUCUGGGAUAUGAUUGAAUGCGGAGAGACAAAUAUCAAGGCCUUCUUACUGGCGACACUGGUCUCUGCCCAGGUUGAGGGGCUCAUGCAGGGCCUGGGCCCGAGUGAAGUUCCCGACCAUCUUCUCCGGGCGGCAGAGCAGGCGGAGCAGCGAUGUAUCGCGUUCAUGGAGGACAAAGCUGCACAGGGGUAUAAUGGGAUGAAUAUCGAUGCUGUAAAUGAGAUCUCCGAGAGCGCGGCGCCAUUCAUGGGCGACUGGGAGUGCAUCUAUUCCCAGACCCUGCAGCACAUCACCGACGCCAAGCUCGAGGAGCUCUCCAACAAGAGACGCAUCUUCCAGGAACGCAAAGCCGCUGCCUUGCAAGAGGCGGAAUCCUUGGACUCGGCGAUCGAAAAGGUCCGUGCCCUGUCAAACGGCGUCAAGACCUGCUUCGACGUCCGCGUCGGCGACGAUGGUCGCAUCUCAGACAACACAGAUACCAAACGCCAACUCAUCACCGAGCUUUCCAAUCUCGACCGCUUUCUGAAGCAGGCGGAGUAUGAUCCGUCAAUUUCACCGGAUACUCUGGAGCGAUGGCGGCGUUCUUUGCUGUCGCUGCUCGACGUUCAGACGUUGAAGUAUGAGUAUGCCACCUUGUUUGCCCAGCUCACCAUGGAGUGGCUGUCCGUGAAGAAGAACCCAAAGCCGCGAGAAGCCGAGGCCAGAUCUGAUGACUUUGAAGAGCUGGCCAGCGCUCAGAAAUUGGAAGCGAAGAGAAAAUGGGAGGAGAAUGUGUUCACACCCGCUGACAUUGACACCGAUGCGGUCACACUUUUCCUCAGUGACCUGUUCACGGGCCCAUCUGGGCCUGUCGAGGACGAAACUACCGAUACCCGGAAGGUCAUUGCUAAGGCGCUCGAGAGACUGCGCGAGAAGGUCUCGAAAUUCGAGACCGAGUUGACCUCAUCGACGCAGUUCAGCCCUACUACACUGAAAUGGGUUAUAUCGAGUCUGCUGAGUUCCGACCUACCCACCGAGAAGCAGAGAUCCGUUCUCAGAGAGUUCCUCAAAGACAACACAGUAUUAACAGAGCUGGCCGAUGUCCUCAACAUGCGCCUAGCAGCGCUGAACACUUGGUCUUGGGGCCCCGAGGUGGCUGUUGAACAGCGACGCCAACUUAACGGAAGCUACCACAUCUACAUGCACGAAGACCUCAUCCAGGCGAUCUUCCUGCAGUUUCUGGGUAUCAAAUGGUCGGUGUUUUUCAAAAGGUCAUUGCUUGACUUUCGAAAACUCAAAGGGGUCUGGAAAACACCAACAUCUGCUGUCCCUGCUAUAGAUAAGAAACGUCGUCGGUUUUUCCUUGAUGAGGCGGGUGAUAAGCCCAACCUGCAGGCUGUCAGAGAAUCUAUUCAUCGCAGUGCGUACUUCGUAUCUCAGCUUUUGGAUACCGAAGAACAGAGGAGGGAAGUAGCCGAGGGCGAGGUAGAGGCUGAGCUGACAUCCCUCGAAAAACGCAGCAAACGUGCUGUACAACAGGCCCAAAUGGUACAGCAGGCGCCGGCGGCGCGGUUUAUGUCGUACCGUGCCAGGGCCGCGGAGUCAGAGGAUGAAUUGGACGACGAUAUGGGAUUUGGCUUGUACGAUGGCGACAGCGGUACGCCCGAGUAUGAGGACUCUUAUGAUUCGCACGGUUUCGCGCCGAAAGUUAGGAAUCCCUCAAACCCGGUUCAGGCGAAGCAGAACCUCCUCCUGCUGCUCAGCGCGGACAUCACGAUUAACAAGCGGCUUUAUGGGGAGAUUACCUGCUUCCGCGCUCAGUAUGAGUCGCUCUACCCGAGUCUGCCCCAUGCUACGAUACUGGCCGUUCUCAAGUUUCUUGGUGUGUCCGAGAAGUGGACUGGCUUUUUCGAAAGGUUCCUUGCUGCUCCUCUGAAGUUUAUUGACGAACCUGACGUUGAGCCCCGACUCCGUCGACGCGGGACUCAUGGCUCUCAUGUCUUGAGUGAAGUUUUUGGCGAAGUCACCCUAUUUUGCCUCGACUUCUUGGUCAACAAGGAGAGCAACGGCCAGUCGUUGUGGCGAGUAAAUGACGAUCUCUGGUUCUGGUCGCGGAGCCAGGAUACUUGCGUUACAGCGUGGAAGGCCAUUCAAAAGUUCAGCGAGACCAUGGGCCUCCCCAUCGGUGAGAAAUCUGGUGGCGCCCAUAUUACGGCUCAAGAUCGGCCGAAGACGACCAUCCAGCCGUCAUUGCCCAACGGCAGAAUCAAAUGGGGGAUGCUCUAUCUGAAUCCAGAGUCCGGCCGUUUCGAGAUCGAUCAAGAGAUGGUAGACGGCCACAUCGACGAGUUGAAACGGCAGCUGCAGGAUAAAGAAAGCAGCGUCUUCGGCUGGAUCCAGGCCUGGAAUGCCUUUGCUUCGACCUUCUUUACCUACAACUUCGGGACACCCGCAAACUGCUUCGGGCAGCAGCACGUCGAUAUGAUGCUCCAAACACAUGAACGCAUCCAACGCGAGAUAUUUUCCUCCGAGAAGGGCACUGGAGAUCGCAGCGUCAUCACCUACCUGCGUGAGACCAUCCAGGCCCGCUUCGGGAACACGUCCAUUCCAGACGGCUAUUUCUUCCUCCCAAUCGACCUCGGCGGCCUUGAACUAUCCAGCCCAUUCAUCAACCUCGUAGGCCUACGGGACUCCAUCAUCACAAGCCCGGACUCCCUCCUCGACGACUUCUUCAAGGCUGAGCAGGAAAAGUACACCACUCUAAAGCGCCGCCACGCCGCAAAAGACAAAGACCUCCUCGUCAUGCAAAACCAGGGAUUUCGCCCUGACGAUAUCGACGACUUCAUGUCUUUCGAGGAGUAUACCCGCCACCGCGAACUCCUCAACUACGAGCCCGGACGCCAGCUGGUUCAGUUCUACGAUGAACUCCUCCGCCAGCCAGCGCAGCAGACCAUCGGCUAUGACUCGACAGGACCCAUCUCUCUUUAUGGGCCUGAGAUUGUGGAUCGGUUUGGUGGAUUUAAUGUUGUUGACCCCGGUCUGUUGCCUAUCGGGCUUAUUAGCCAAUUCCGCAGUGGGAGGGUCAGUUGGCGUGAAGAGUAG